AUGGCCAGCUUGAAGCUCUACGGAAUGGGCUACUCGCCCUUCGUCCGCCGCGUCUUGCUCACGCUGCACGAACUCGGCAUUGAGGACUACGAGUGGGAGCAGGUGAAUGCCCCCAAUGGCGAGGCGCGCACGCCCGCGUACCUCGCGAAACAGCCCUUUGGGAAGGUGCCUCUGCUCGAAGACGACGGCGAGUGCAUCUGGGAGUCUCGAGCCAUCAUGCGCUAUCUCGCCGACAAGUACGGCGCGGAACGCGGAGUCAACCUGCUGGGCAAGGACGCGUUGGAGCGGGGCCGCGUGAACCAGUGGAUCGAGACGGAGGUCAACGCGUACACGCCCGAGGCCAUCACGAUCGCGUUCGAGCGAGUCUUUAAGAGGUUUCGUCAGCUCGGCGAGCCUGAUGAUGAAAAGGUCGCCGCGGCGACGAAAAAGCUGGAAAAGAUCCUCGAUGUUUACGAGAAGCAUCUGGAAGGGCGGGAGUAUCUCGUGGGCGACUCGCUCACUCUCGCGGAUCUGACACAUCUGCCAGUCACUGAGCAUCUCAAGGCGGCGGGGGUCGGGGAUCUGUUUGAUUCCCGCCCAAAUUUGAAGGCAUGGCUCAGCCACUUGUACUCCCGCUCUGCUUGGAAGAAGGUGAACGAGCUCGCGCCACUUCCCACAAUUUGA